CUGGACGCCGGCUCUGGUACAGACCGUGGGGUGCAGCCGCCGUGGGGGCCACGUUCGUCCUGUGAGCAUCUGGGCCGAUCGGGGUGAUUGAGCACAGACGCCAGGAACAAGCCAGGUAACCGAGGCGGAAAUCAAAUUCAAUCAGAUGACUGCAGCUCACAGAAUUCACUGGAUCCGGAUAAUCAGGCUUGAGAAUGUGCGGGAACGGGGGCAGCGGGCAGGUGGGGAUGCCCCCCAUCCCCACCCUCGCAAGAGCCCGGUCAGCAGGCUGCCCUGGGCCUCCGGACGCUGGACUGUGGCCACAGGGGUCACUGAGGUGGCUGGGACGUGGCACUCCAUGGCCAUGGCGGCCAGCGACAUCUCCCUCCUGGACUCGGAGACGGCCCCUCUGAGAGUGUACGUCCAGGAGCUGAGACCCACGCCCGGGGACAACCUGGAGAUCAUUCUGCGCAAAUGGGAGGACAACAGGUGUGUUGAGAAGAAGGUCUUAGCAGAGAAAACGGAGUGUGCGGCCAAGUUCAACAUCAACUAUCUGGAUGAGAACGAGGUCAUCGUGCUGGACACCGACUACGAGAACUACCUGUUCCUCUGCCUGGAGAACACCGACGCCCCCGGGCAGAACCUCGUGUGCCAGUGCCUGACCAGGACCCUGAAGGCCGACAACGAGGUCAUGGAGAAGUUCGACAGAGCCCUCCAGACUCUGCCCGUGCACGUCCGCCUCUUCUUUGACCCGACCCGGGUGGCAGGUGACCGCCUCCACACCCCGCGUCCCUGCUCUCACCCUGCGUGCGGCUCACCCGUCGGACAGCCAUGAGCCCGGGGCGCGUCCGUCUCCCACGGUGGCCCCCAUUCCCCGGGCCCCCGGGGGAGGGGGUGCAGAGCCCCUGGGGCGGGGUCCCCCUCCCACCCCUCUGGGCCCAGGGCUGCCCCGGCGACCUGUGACCUCUCCCCCCGGCUCUCUCUCCUUCCGCAGAGCAGUGCCGUGUCUAGGAGCAAGCAGACCUUUCCGUCCCCUCCUCCAGAAGGCAGACGUCUCCUUGUCCUCUCAAAGAGGAAGCCAGAGACCUGGUCCCGUCCCCUUCCUCCUUCCUGGUCCCUGUGCUUGGGGGCCGGGCACCUGCUCUCUGAGGAUUCUAAAUAAAGCCGCAUGACCUCUG